AUGCCUGUUACCUCAGAAGAAAUAAACUCUAUAAAGAACCAGGUGAAUAUACUGCUAAACGACGCUAACCAGGACAGCGUUCGGCCCAAGCCUCUAAGAGACGAUCUCAUUGAAGAUAUAAACACGGCUCUUCUCCGACUCAAAGAUCUGUCUUUGAUUAGCGAAAUUCGGGCAAAAUUUUAUUUCUGGAUUCGGAAAGCUCUUUCCAAAGCUCCCGAAGCAGUGCCAACUGUGGCUUCAGUAUGCAAAAUGAUAAAUAAAAUUCAGACUUCAUACGAAGUGAACCGUUUCACUACGACAGAUGUUGGCAACCAGUGUCAUGAUGCCGAAGUGUCUGUGUUGGGAAACAAGCCGACGACUCGGUCACGGAUAUGA